AUGGCUCCUGGUCACAUGAACAUCUACCAAGCUGGCAGUUCUCAAGAAAAUACGCAAGUCCUGCCGAAAAGCCAACCCGUGACGAGCAUACCUGGACUAAGCGGGACACCAGCAAAGCCGUUAGAAGAUGGCGGGGUCAGCGAGGAUGGGGAGCUCGAGGAUGUCUAUGAACCGAUGGAAACUAAACAAGAUGCGGCUGGUACAAGUCAAACACACCAGCAAAGACAAGUCGGGUACGAACCAGUCGACGGCCGCGAACGGUCAGGUACUUAUUGUAAUCACGCUGUGCAAGCUGUGUCGUAUCGUCUCUUAACUAAUGCGACAGGCGAUAAACUUAUCGCGAGCGAGGUGGCAUCGUCAGCGCCUAUCGAUGUACGGGAUGUUCUGCCUCCCACGCCCAGUCAAACCAAGUCCAUGAAUCAUUCGGAUUUGGAAGCGUCUAAGAAGCAGGCAAAGGAUGCUAUUCUUCGAUUAUGGCCACUAAAUAUAAGAUUCAACAACUACGUUUCGGAAGGUGUUGACGAAGCGCUUCUCAAAUCGCUCUUCAAGGACUUAGGUCUCAAUUUCACCGAGGCCACCAGGAUGACGUCAGAGCCAGAAGAGAAGGAGUCUGCAACUUCAGAUGGGACGAGUAUUUCAAAAGCGCUGGCUGUCGAAACUACGAAGCCCGUGCUUGCAAAACCCAAGUCUGCUGUCGUUGACGCCUCUGAGUCACGGAAAGAUCGAAUCGCCCGUCUACUCGCUGCAAAGGGCUCAAAACAAGGCACUGCACCUGCGCCAUUACCGGCAGACGACGCAGUUGCUCCAAAAAGCGCCAAGGCGGUGGCUACAGACGUCAAGCCAACCCUGACACAGUCAGAAAAGUCUAAGUUGCUACAGCAGAAAAUGGAGGCUCUCAAAAAGGCGCGAGAAGCCCUCAAGCAACUAAAGCCCACUCCGGUAGACGAUAAGAAUGGUUUCAGUAAGGGCGAUUCGACACUUGAAGCAUUCUUCAAGACUACGAGCCACGACGGAUCUAACGCUCCGCGGAACGAUGCUUCAGCGACUGUUAUUCCAGGGCUGUCAUGGUCACCGAGUAAGCAAGCCACCUCGCCACCUCAGACUAUGCAGCAACCCACCACGACUCUCCAGGCCGUCGAUCCGAGCCAGCCUCGACCAGCCCCAGCAUUUGAUCAGAACACGGAAUCUCGACCAUUUUUGAUCAACGUCAGUGAAGCGGAAGAGGAAGAGGACGGGGAUGAGGAAAUGGAACUUGAUUCUCCAAGUCGGCCAGAGACUCCUUCGGGUAUGCCUAACCCCCCACACCAACAGGAUGCUGUGCUGCGAGACGUACAAGCCAUACCUGACUUCUCCAUACCGCGACAAUUGAGAAGCCCUGCAUCGGCCUCAACGCCACUGAGGAGCGCCAGCAGGAAUAAUGGCAGCGACUUGGAAAGUAUGAAUAAGCAAAUAGAAGAGAUGAAGAGAAAGAUUGCCGAGGCCGAGGCUCGUAAGAAGGCCAAGAAUUCACGGCAAGGCUCUCCGGUACUCUCUCCGCUGAAUGACAGUUCUUUUGAGGAUGGGUGCGACACGACCGGUCGACCGGUAGCACCUCCACGGUUCUACGGCGAGCUGGGUCAUGAGGCGAGGACAGCUCUGGGGACAAGUUUAGAACAGCGCUCGCGCUCUCGUGCCGCCAGCGAACGCUUGCCGUUGAUUGAAGCUCGACGCAGAAAACAACGACUGAAGCUAAAAGCUCUUCAGUCCGAAAUCGCGAGGAUCGAACAAGAGUUAGAAGAGGAUAUGCUUGAAGAAGAAAGGCUAAAGGGUGAAAUUUUAAGCUCAGACUCGGACAACGAGAUGGACACCUCUGCUCCUGUUGAUCUAUCUGACUCCGAUGAAAGCGAACACCCAGCGGCCAGAUCAAGCGAGCAAGAUCAAGCUCCGGAACAACCUGAUGAUGUACCAGAUGUUGAUGACGAAGCUUCUUUCCCAUCCCGUGACUUGCCUCCCGCGGGUAAAUCCAGCGCUGGCGUGGCUGCACCAAACUUGAGCAAUGAGGACAUUAUGAGCACAACAAUUCUGCCUGAAUCAAACAAAAUGAAUACCGAGACGUUCCCAGCAAACAAUGAGCUGGUCCCGAACGUUCCUCAAUCCUCCUCCUUGCAUUCUGACAGCGCCGAGGAUGUCGAUAUGGAAGAUGCGGGCUACUCAGCGGACGAAGACGUCGAAGAGAAUUCUGAGGGAGAUUAUGAGCCUCCAGAGGCAAAUUCGUCUGCAGUGGCGAGCAACUAUGGCUUCUUGGAGCAAGACAGUGCUAUGCUAUCCCAGACUGAGGAAGUUGUGGAAGCUAGCCCGGUGACAUUAGGUGCCACCGCUGCGUUCCCGGGCGGCCCUGCCUUGCCAGAGCCAGGGUCGGCAAAUGAAGACGGCAAGCUUACCGCUCCAAAGACGAGCUUCGUUCCGUACGAAACACCUCUGCAGUACUUCCGUGCUUAUCGAUUCCACCCCUCGUUUAAUCAGGAUGUGGCCGGUGGAUUGCGGUCGAUAACGUACAGUAACAAGAUUGAUGUCAAGAAGGAACUUUGCCCUGAUGAGUUGGCUGGACAGCAAUGUCCCAGGGGAAGCCAAUGCGAGUUUCAACACUUUGAGACGAUGCAAGCUCCCGAUGACCAGAUCCUGCUUCAGCUAGGAGCAGCGGACCAUUACGACGAGGAGCAGAAGCAGAAGUACAUUGCUGGUCUGAAACAGCUCCUUACCGACUUCCGAGCCCGUAAAGUCAAAGACUUCAACACGAUUAGCCAAGGUAUCGUCGAAUUCCGGGCCAGAUUUAUUGGAGAUGGGACCAAGAUUCUACCAUUGGGUAGCAUCAGCCUGUAG